UAUAAAGCCACUCUUUGUAGGGCAGGACAACACAACAAGCCGAAGAGCAAAGGCAAACUGUUUGAAAGAAACGAGAAUAAACAAAAUCUUCAAAGAAAAAUGCGUCUGAAAGUUGCAGCUAUUCUCUUUGUCGCACUCUCUCUCCUACUGGUGGAGGAGUCUCAUGGCUGGAAGAAAAUCAAAAGAAUCUUUCGACGAGUAGGAAAAAUAAUUAGGAAGGGUGUGAGCAUCUACAAAAAAGUUAGAAAGAAUCCCUUGGGCCACAUUGCAAUAGAAGCGGGCAAAAAAUAUCUCAGACCUUUCUGGAACAACAAAGAAGAAAUUAGUAAGCUGAGAGAGCUCAGAGAGAAGGACGAAGAAGCCUAUAAAAACGCAAUGUCCAUGAUCGCUAAUGAAAUUGCGACAGAAUCUGGAGAUGGUGAAGCUCAGAUCAUGAUGGAAAUGUUGGACGAACUUGCCAGCAUGCCUGACGAGGAAUUCAACCAAUUCAUGACUGAGCAAGAACUCGAACAAAUUGCAGACUCUGAUGAGCUGCUGUUAUCACAUCAGUAAAAUGGAGUUUCCUGACGGACAGACCGACAAACCGACACCCAGUUAUUAAUUUUAUGCUUCAGUUUUUUUAUUGUUGCAUACAGAUAUCGCAGAUUUAAAAAACCAAAAAAAAAUAAUAAAAGUGGCGCCAUCGUAAUUUGUAACUGUAUUUUAUCUUUUCUUGCUUGAGUGAUAAUCGAGAUACUUUUAACACAAGGGGGUGCAGGUGCGGAUCAGAAGUGGAAAAUGUGCAGCCGCGAAGAAAUGCUAAUUUUGAAUGGUGUGCAGUGUGCAUUGCGCAGCCCGAGUAACGAGAUUUUAAUUUAGUUAAAUCUAGUAAUUCCAAUCCCUUUACGUUCAAAGCCCAUGCCCGAGUUCAACGUAAUAUCUAUGCUUAUAACAUGGGCCUUCAGUAUUAAAGAUUGCACAUUCCUACUUUAACAGAGCGUAAAUUUACCAAACUCUCAACCAGUGUU